UUCGCCGACUACUACCCUGCUGAUUAUCAAUAUCAACCCAUGCCGAUUGCCAAGCGCGUUACAAGGGGGUGGAAUUGCUUAAUGCGCAUUCAUAUGGUCUGUCGUUGCCGCUGUUUGAAGACGAAACCGGAGUCCCUCGAGCCACAAAGCGUCCUGUUUAUCCCGCCUGUCCCUUCAAUCCCCUCUUCAUCCAAAUUAAGAAGCUCAAAAGAGAGCUUGCAAGAUGGGAUCUGCCGAGAGACCGUUCCGUGUCAUCGUCGUUGGCGGUGGCGUGGGAGGCCUUACUGCCGCCCACACCCUCCACCGAGCUGGCAUCGACUAUGUUGUUUUGGAGAAAGGACUUGUUGCUCCGCCUAUGGGUGCGAGUAUUGGUAUCUAUCCCCAUGGCUCUCGAAUCCUCGAACAGAUAGGGUGUCUGGCAGACGUGGAGGACGAGUGCGUCACGCUGGGCAAGAGUCAGAAUCUCUUGCCGGACGGACGGACUAUCUUCAGCAGUGACUUCUUCAAAUACAGCAGGCAAUAUCAUGGGUACCCCAUUCCCGUCCUUGAGCGACGCCGGUUCCUAGAAAUACUCUACGAGAACACCCCGGACAAGUCCAAGAUUAGGUCUGGAACCGCAGUGGUAGAUGUGAUCGACCACGAGACGGGUGUCAAGGCUAUCCUGGCUGAUGGUAGCGUGGAAGAAGGAGACUUAGUCUUGGGUGUUGACGGUGUUCACAGCAACAUCCGAAACAUCAUGUGGCGGAAUGCCAACGCUGCGGUCCCAGGGUUGAUCACGACCGCAGAAAAGAAGUCGUUGAUUUGUGACUGGACAGCCCUUGCAGGUUUCAGCCCUACAGUUCCAGGAAUGAGCAACUGCAACAUGACUUGCACUCAUUAUCCCGGCAAGUCCUUCCUAGUGAUCGGUCAGAAGAAGUACACUUUCUGGUUCGUCUUCUUCAAGAACGAAGAGACACGCUACUGGCCCAGCUCUCCUCGAUGGACUGCCCAGGACGCCGAGAAGCGAGCCGCGGAAUGUGCCGACUGUCCCAUCUCCGACACUCAGGUGUUUGGGGAGUUGUGGCGAUCUCGCGUUCGAGGCGACCUGGUCAAUGUAGAGGAGGGCCUGUUCAAACACAUGUACUUUGGUCGGAUUGUUCUUGCGGGAGAUGCCGUUCACAAGAUGACGCCCAACAUCGGACUCGGCGGCAACGCAAGCAUGGAGAGCGUUGUCGUUCUUUCGAACCUUCUGCAUCGCGCCGUGCAGGCCCAUCCGAGCGGCAAGCCUGAUAAGAAGAUGCUCGAGACGAUCCUGGAAGAAUAUCAGACCCUGAGAUACGAUCGCAUGCAGAAAGUCAUCCACUUCUCCGGCGAGGCCACCAGACUGCAAGCCUGGGACAGCCUGUACUACAAGACGCUCUCCCGGGUCAUUCCUUACUUCCCAGAUACGACGUCUGCCAAGAGAACAGCAGAGCUGAUCAAAGCCGCAGCCAAACUGGACUAUGUUCCAACUUCUCCCGCUCGGAAAGGGACCGUGGCGUGGGAGGAUGACGGGCAACGGGCUUUAGGGGCUCAUCAGGCUGCAGUUAGCAGCGUGAGACGGUUGAUUCAGAUCCCGGUCGUGCUGCUCUCUUUUGGACUCUCGUUCUUCUAUCUGUCUGGUAUCAAACUGUGAGGAUUUCAUUUCGCUGUUGCUCAUUGGUUUGGUGUGGAGGAUAUAGUGAACGCAUUAGAUUGGACAGAAUCAGAUAUGAAUUUAUUUACGCGAGCAACUUGACAAAAAAGUCUACUUAUUCGGGCUAAUGGUAGCUGGUGAAGUGGAUCUAAGAGAAAGUCAAAAAGCGAAGCACGGUAUUCCUGUGCGUCACUAAUCGACAAGAUCACGUUGAAGAUGUUUUCACAAUCGUUCUCUCUCUGACUUUCAUAUCGCGACAUAAACAUGUAUCUGUCUUUUCCUAUUGCUAUUUUUGUUUUUAAUUUUAAUUUUUAUUGUUAUUUCUUUGUUCCUCCCAUCAUAUCCUUCUCUUUCUUUGAUUUUCUACAGGAAUAAUAUCGGUUUCUCUUAC